GGCCUCCGCAGAUCAGCGCAAGCCCUUGACCCCUCCGCCUGCUUUCCAUCACUGCAGCGCAGCGUUGCGUUGCGACCGGACUGCGCGUCUCUAUCUCCCCAUCCUGUCCGUCCGAUCACAUGGAUGUCCUUUCACGUGCGAUCGUGCGGUCCUCGCCAUCCGCCCUCCCAUCACCCGUCAUCGCCCCCAGGGGUAGUAGCCUCAUAGGCUCGGUCUUAGCCGCUCCGUCGCGUUCGCCCUCGCGCCUGCGGCUGCGCGAUUCUCGACUGUUUUUUUCGGGAUCUCUGCUCCCGUUAUUGUCACCCUAUUCGCGGCCGUUCACCAGCGAUUGCGCUAUAAGCAGAAGCUGCAGGGGAAGUGGCGGGAUAAGUUGCGCGGUGCGCUGUGUGCGGAACAGCGCGGGCGGAAGCGGCCAAGGGGAGAACCGGCGCGCGGGUGAUAAGCUCCCGCUAGCGCGGAGAGGUGCGGGGCACGCGGAGGCGGCCGCGGCGGCGGGCGCAAGGCGGGGUGUGCUUGCGCGGUCGUAUCGUUGGAGCGAUGAUGACGUGGCGGCGUUUGGCGGGGGCGUGGAAGGAAAAUUCGAGGAAGCUGUGGCGUUGUUCAACGAAGGGCAAUUCUACAAGUGCCAUGACGUGUUGGAGGAGAUGUGGCACCAGUCCGCGGAGCCCCAGAGGAGCAUGCUGCACGGGCUGCUGCAGUGCGCCGUGGGCAUGGUGCACCUGCUCAACCAGAACCACAGCGGCGCCAUGAUGGAGUUCGGCGAGGGGGUCAACAAGCUGCGGCGCGCCAUCGCAGCCACAGGGGGCGGCGGGCCGUCGGGCAGCUUUGGCGCGUUUGAGAGGGAGGCGGGCGCCGUGCUGGAGUUCAUCUACAGCACGCAGCUGGAGCAUGCCGCAUGUUCCGAGCGCGAGUGUGUGACGAUGGAUGGGUCGCCCGAGAGCUACUCCCUGCUGGGGGACUACGGCGCGGGCCAGCCGCUGUACCGCCUGCACGUGGACCGGGCCACAGGGCAGCAGUGCAUCGAGUUCUGUGCGCUGCUCCCCUUCCACCAGGCCGUCGUGGGGGACGGCGCGGGGAGUGGGAGCGAGAGUGGGAGUGAGAGUGAGAGUGAGGGUGGGGCAAGGGUGACGCGGGUGUCGGUGCCGCUGCCGCGGCUGACAGCCACGGAGGAGGAGCUGGUGAACCUGGCAUGGUGAUCUGAAGGAAUGGCCACUGGAGAGGUCAGGUCAGGUCAGGCGAGGCCUGCUGUUGGGUGAUGGAAGGAGGGGUGCGCUCUCCCGGUGUGCCAUGGGGGAUGGCAAUGUGGGCUGGACACAUGUCUGUAUCCGGCCUGCAUGGUCCCACUGUCUUGCCUGCUGGGCAGCGGACUGUGCCCACGCGCUGUGGCAGUCUGCUGCAGGAGAUGCACGAUUUAUUUUUCUCAGGUAGCAAAUUUUGUAGGAGCAGAUAGUAAUAAUGCCAGAACUGCUUG